GGCGGGUCGCUGCGCAUGCGCGGGGCAGGGGAGCCCGCAGCGCGCCGGUGGCCCCUCAGGUUCGCUCGACAUGGCGCUGAGGAGGCGGCCGCUACUCCGGCUCCGCGCGGGACUGCGCGACCUCUGCUUGUUGCUGCUUCUCAGGGGCUGCUUGAUAGAGGCAGUGAAUCUCAAAUCCAGCAACCGGAACCCAGUGGUACAGGAGUUUGAGAGUGUGGAGUUGUCUUGUAUCAUUACGGAUUCACAGACCAGUGACCCCAGGAUCGAGUGGAAGAAAAUCCAAGAUGACCAGACUUCAUAUGUGUUUUUUGAAAACAGAAUUCAAGGGGACCUGGCAGGUCGUGCAGAAAUAUUGGGGAAAACUUCCCUCAAGAUCUGGAAUGUGACACGCUCUGAUGCAGCCCUCUAUCGAUGUGAGGUGGUUGCUAGAAAUGACCGCAAAGAAAUUGAUGAGAUUGCCAUUGAGCUAACUGUGCAAGUGAAGCCAGUAACCCCCAUCUGCAGAGUACCAAAGGCCGUGCCUGCGGGCAAGACAGCGACGCUGCAGUGCCAAGAGAGCGAGGGCCUUCCACGGCCCCACUACAGCUGGUACCGCAAUGAUGUGCCACUGCCAAUGGACUCCAGGGCCAACCCCAGAUUCCGAAACUCCUCCUUUCUCUUAAACUCUGAAACAGGCACUCUGGUUUUCAGCUCUGUGCGCAAGGAGGACUCCGGGCAGUACUAUUGCAUUGCUUCCAAUGACGCAGGCUCAGCGAGGUGUGAGGAGCAGCAGAUGGAAGUCUAUGAUCUGAACAUCGCAGGCAUCAUUGGAGGGGUUCUGGUCGUCCUUGUGGUCCUGGUCCUGAUAACGCUGGGCAUCUGCUGUGCAUACAGACAUGGCUACUUCAUCAACAGCAAACAGGAUGGAGAGAGCUACAAGAGCACGGGGAAACCUGACAGCGUUAACUACAUCAGGACGGAUGAGGAGGGCGACUUCAGACACAAGUCCUCGUUUGUCAUCUGAGAGCUGGCGGUGUGGCUGAGCACAUGCAGAUACCUCUACUGGACUCUCCCUUGGGGCAGUGCACCCCGCCAGCUGCAUGCACCUGGAUGCCUCCAGACACUCAGGUGGAAGCUUUGUAUUUUGGCCAAAGUUGACUGCUACGCCUUUCUUACUCUUUAACAAGCCACACGAAUAAAAGAGCCUUCAAGACGACACAGUAACCACCACAAAAAGGUCAAGUUCGGCGAGUUGAUCGCGUUUGUGGCCAGUGCCAUGGGGUGGUAGGUGAUAGCAGCGGCCUAUCCACAGCAGCUCACUCGAGCUGCCCACUGUGCACCCGUGUGGUCCCGUCACAGCAAGACGCACCUCCAGCUCUGAACCUGAACAGGGCUGGCGUAUGGGGUUGUGUGUGGCCUAACCCUCCCCGCAGUCUCUUCUCAAAGCCUGUCCACCUUAGAAAUCUUUCUGACCUAUGUUUGAAAGCACCAGACUGGGGAGGGCUAAGGGCUUGAGGGAAGAAGAGCUUGUCUUCCCCAGGAGGCCUGGCUGUCUGCAAGGGGAUCAGGAUUCAAGGAAACCCUUUUGUGUUAGGCUCAGUCUGAAAUGGUACUGAAAUACACUUUUCUAUAGGUCUGCUUAUUUUAUAACACUUGACAUUCUAAAUUUUUGCUAAAGAUGUAUUUUGGUUAUUGAAAAUUUCUAUUUAAACUGUAAAUACAUUGUCAUACAGUGUUUAAAAACCUAUUUUUUUAAGAAUUCAGCUGACAGUGGAAGUUCUAGGAUACUAAUGUUAAAUUGGAAAAUACCAGUAAUUCUUUUACCCAGGGAGUCCUCUGAAGGAGGCUGUUGGAACAUUCAUUCCUUUGUCCAUCCAAGUGUUAGAAUAUGCCUAAGAAAACAUAGGCUGUCCGCAUCAGACCACGGUUAAAGACACCUUCCCGUACUCCUACUCAGCACUGUGGAUGCCUCCGCACUGUCCAGGGAAGCCUGAGAACACCUCAGCUCUGGACUGCCUGUGUCCUGAAACAGACCACACUGCUAGGCUCCGGGGGCUGGCCGAGCCACCCUUCCGAGUGGGGGUGGCCCCAACACCUUCAUAGCCCUGGCCAGAUUUGUCCCCGCCGGUUUGAUGGUAGUCCAUGUGCCGCAGAGUGCGGUUGGGUGCUUGGGGGCAGCACAUCCUGUGUGAUAUCCCAGCCUUGGGUUCCAGUGAGGCCUGGUUGUUGGCGGCUCAAGACAUUCAGCAGCUGCUACUUGCUUAGCAGUAGUUCACUUUGUGCAGUGCCUAAGAUGGCCCAGGCCCAAGGCGGUUUUGAAACUGAGUCUGCAGGCUAUUUUUUUAAAGAACCCGAAUCCACUGGUCCUCUUCCCCCUGGAGACGGCACCCGGCAUCACAGGUCCUUGCUCCUCACAAUAACUGUGUGGCAGAGGCCAGCCUGUGGUGAGGACAGGAUAGCGCCCAUGUCCACAGCAGUUUUCUCAUUUUGAUCUUGAAUUUUUUACCUGCCUGACACUGCUCACAUUGUGGGGACACAGAAACAUCGUGGAAAAGCCUCGGCUCCUCCAAGGGCAGGUGAUUUCAGGUGCUGCACAUGGCCAUGUCAACUCCUGGCAUGGACGGGGCCGGUGCCAGAGCUGCUCAUGGUGCAGGUUCAUUAUGCACCCCAGCAGGGUUUUUGCGUGGAAUGCAGGCCUAACCUUAAGAGUUCUACUUUCAGGGUCUUAGUUCUUUAGACUUCCAGUUAUUUUUGUUGAGUACUGGGGCUGUGUUGACUGGGCUGGUAUGUGACACGCCAUCCUUUUGAUGUUGCUCUUCUGCACUCACCGGGAGGGAGGCUCCUGUUUUGGGGUGUUUGGAUAUCACAACCCCACUUCCUUCCCACUGGCUCUAGGGCCUAUCUAGGGCCUAUUGGAGGUCGACACACUGUCCCCUUCCUGGGGUCUCUGUGGUAGGACAGCCCAGUCUUCGUUCUCACACCCCAGGUUGUCUUUGCACCAGUGCCCUGGGAACUGGGUUUGACAGGCAGUGUGGUGACACGGCUGGGCCUGGGAACUGCAGGGAAGGAGCGCUGGUCAGCGGCGGUUGUGCAAGGCUGUCUUGGGGCCUGUGGUAGGAACGUUGCUGUACAUAGUGUCACAGACUUGUACUAACCCACAUGUAAUUUGGUGUUUGUUAAAAGCCUCAUUUAUAAAAACUUUAAAGACAUCGAA